AUGGAUUUCAUAUAUUUAUGUAGACCGGAUAUAGAACUUAGCAAACCCUGCCUCUUCCUUUCUGGACAAGAAUCGCCGGCCAACAUGGCUCCGAUUAAGAAGCAGGUCGUCAAAAAGACCAAGACGGGUGGCAAGAAGAAGAAGCAGGCCCUGAAGUUCACCCUGGACUGCACUCACCCAGUGGAGGAUGGCAUCAUGGAUGCUGCCAACUUUGAACAGUUCCUGCAGGAGCGCAUCAAGGUCAACGGUAAAGCUGGGAACCUGGGUGGUGGCGUGGUGUCCAUUGAAAGGAGCAAGAGCAAAAUCUCUGUGAAUUCUGAGGUGCCAUUCUCCAAAAGGUACUUGAAAUACCUGACCAAGAAGUACCUGAAGAAGAACAACCUGAGGGACUGGCUGCGUGUGGUGGCCAACACCAAGGAGAGUUAUGAACUGCGAUACUUCCAGAUCAACCAGGAUGAGGAAGAGGAGGAGGACGAAGAUUAAAUCCAUGCUUUCUUUUGUCAAUAAAAUGUCUAAAGAACAAAA